CUUCGAAUAAUGAUCCUCCAUAUCGUUGCUUGUACGGUGAUUUGAAUUCGUUUUUCAACCUAAAGUUGGCGCAGAAAACUCGGAUUAUGUGUGCAAAUAAUCUACACAGUAUAAACGCAAAACGAUACAAAUAUGCUGUGACGCAUUAAACAUUGAAUAAUACGAUAUAGACAGUUUACAUGACAUGCAAUUACACCAAUCAAUAUCACUCACUGUUUGGGUAUGCAUUGAAACUAAACCCGUGCGUGAUUGUUAUUACCAUAAACAAGAAGUAAGGGCAGAAUAAGAAAAACUUAUAUUUCAGCUCCUAUCAAUUGAUAUAAUUUGAAACCUGACCUUCAAACAAAUCAAUAUUCGUGGAAACGUGAUCGUGCAGCUUAUUAGACCAGCCAAACACGAGGUGAACGAGUGAUAUCCAACAAUACACAUCGCGUGAUCAUAUAUGGUGGUAUAUCAAAUAUCGCGUGGUGAUAUAAGACGGACAUUUUAUAGCCGCGCCUGUUGUAGAUGUGCAACUUGCAUAGUUUCACACCUCUUAAAAGUUUGAUGUACCACGUCGCAUAGCUCAAUAAUAAUACGGAAAUAAUGCUUUUAUACCAUUGUAUGAACAAAGAAAAAACAUUAUCUAACCAUUUAGUAUAAUAUCUAUUAUCACCAGUUUGAUGUACGUGAGUGAAUAUAAUCUUGAAGAAAUACAAUUCAUGUAUACAAGUGUGUGGCCUUCAACUACUAUUUUAUCUGUUCGUGCAUAUUUCAAGUGAUACUUCAAGUGUGAUACUUGUCUUAUUUGGAGAGCAACCAUACAAAAGUAAAACGACAUGGAAAAAACAUGCUUAAAAUAACAAAAUAGAAAGUGAUAACGAUUUCAAUCAUGGCUUCUGCACAACAACAUCAUGGAUUGCCAAACCGGCCUUCUAGGAUCAGCUUGGAAAACAGAGAAAGAAGUUCUUGCAAACCAGAGGCGUACUUGCACAAGGUUUUCAACGACCCAGUUCAUGGUCAUAUUUCACUUCACCCGCUGUGUGUGAAGAUCAUAGACACGCCAGAAUUUCAGAGACUGAGGUUUAUAAAACAACUUGGUCCUGUUUACUUGGUUUACCCCGGAGCUGCACAUAACAGAUUCGAACAUUCACUUGGGGUGUGCUAUUUAUCUGGUCGAAUCAUAAAGACUCUUCAGAAACGGCAGCCGGAGCUUAAUAUUUCCGACGAAGAAGUUCUUUGCGUGAUGAUUGCUGGGCUAUGCCACGAUUUAGGUCAUGGACCAUUGUCACAUUUGUUUGACCAAAGGUUCAUUCCCUCUGUGUGUCCCGAUAUAACAUGGAAGCAUGAAGAAGCAUCGGUUACGAUGUUUGAUUACAUGAUAACAGAAAACCAUUUGGAAGGCGAAUUUGAAAAAUACAACAUCAAUAAAGAAAAGAGGCAUUUUAUUAAGAAACUUAUUGAAUGUAAACCUGAGAAGAACAGCGAUGAAAGCAAGGGGUAUUUCUACGAGAUCGUUUGCAACAAACGAAACGGGAUUGACGCAGAUAGAUGGGACUACUGCACAAGAGACUGUUUACUGCUUGGGAUUCGAACCAACUUCGAUCAUAAGCGCUGCAUGAAAUUCGUUCGUGUUAUUGAAGUAAAAGAGAUAAACAAAACGGAACGACAACUUUGCUUUCGAGACAAAGAGAAUGGCGACUUCUAUGACCUGUUUUAUUUACGGGCGAAGCUCCAUCGUCAGGCCUACCAGCAUAAAACAACUUUCAUCAUAGGUGAAAUGAUCGUUCAGGCUUUGAUUAAAGCGGAUGAGCAUCUUAAGUUCGAAGGACAAGGCGGCAUUAUGAAAAAAAUGAGCGAAGCUAUCGGCGAUAUGAAAGUGUUGAGCGCAUUAACUGACGAAAUCUUCAAUGUGAUACUGAACUCAUCAGCACCGGAACUAAAAGAGCCCAAAGAACUCCUUCACAAAGUUGUAUCUCGAGAAUUACCCAAAUGUGUAGACGAGAUACACUUAGAAUACAUAUGGGUUGCGGCGGAAACCAUCAGCGAGCUAAAAAAAGCAAUGAAAAUCGGAGACACGGAAUAUCGUAUUCAGAUUGCAAGCCUGGACUUUGGGAUGGGCACGGACAACCCAAUAGAGAAUAUACGUUUCUACAGCAAACACAAUCUCAAUAAUGCAUCACGUGACAAAACAAAAGUAUUCCCACCAGUGCGUUUCAAGGAAGAAAUAAUUCGUGUCUUCUCUACUAAAAGAGACCAUCAAUCUUGUAAACGUGUCAAAGAGGCAUUUCGUGCGGCAAUACAACAAAUUAAAGAGAGAAUGAUGAACCCCGUGGAAGUAACAGCGAAUCGUGUCAUUUAUCAGCGGGUUAAAGCCACGGAAGAGGAAGGACUUCAUGGAGGGUCAGGACAUUUACAGGAUGUAGGACUUAGUGAACUUGCUGCUUCCGGACUUGGCUCAGGUGCACCCAACUUGGGCCCAGCACAUACAGACAAACUGCCAGAGUUGGAUCCGCAGAACUAUAAGGUUUUCAACGACCCAGUUCAUGGUCAUAUUUCAAUGCACCCGCUGUGUGUUAAGAUAAUAGACACACCCGAGUUCCAGCGAUUACGUCGCAUUAAACAAAUUGGUGCUGUUUACUUUGUUUACCCUGGCGCAUCCCACAACCGCUUUGAACAUUCACUUGGAGUGUGCUACCUGGCUGGUCGUACUGUAAAGAAACUACGAAAACAACAACCUGAUUUAGGAAUUACCGAUGAAGAUGAACUGUGCGUCCAAAUUGCUGGAUUGUGUCAUGAUUUAGGACAUGGGCCAUUUUCGUCCUUGUUUGAGGAACGUUUUGUUCAAGAAAUGCAGUCAAAUUGCAACUGGACGCACAAAGUAGCUGCGAUACAAAUGUUCAGCCAUUUGAUCAAAGAGAACAAAUUAGAACCCGAAUUUGUCACAUAUGGAUUGACAGAUGAUGACAUCGAAUUCAUCAAGGAAUUACUCAAUGUAAAAUCUGACAAUCAGGACGCAGAAUGGAAAUAUAAAGGCAGAACUGAUUCCAAGAGAUUUCUGUACGAGAUUGUGACUAACGUGCGCAAUGGGAUUGAUGCAGAUACAUGGGAUUCAUGUGCGCGUGAUUGCUUGAUGCUCGGAAUGAUCAGCAGAUUUGAUCACAAACGAUGCAUUAAAUAUAUCCGCGCGAUUAAAGUGAACAACAGAUAUCAGAUCUGUUUCCGAGACAAGGAAAAACGGGAUUUAGACGAGCUGUUCUUCAUUCAGGCGAAACUGAAAGACAUGGCUUAUCAACAUAAAACAACGUUCAUCGCAGGCGAAAUGAUUGUCGAAGCGUUAAGAAAAGUCAACGCUCUUAUUAUGUUUAAAGGAACAGACGGAACAGACAAAACGUUGUUUGAAGCUAAAGACGACAUGAACGCUUUUUGCGCUUUAACCGACGAUGUUAUUACUCAAAUAUUGAACCUACCGUAUCCAAAACGGGAAGAGCUCGAACAUUUGAGGUCAACGCAAGAACCUGACCCAUCGCGUAUUCAAAUACUCGUCGAAGGGGAAACAACAUGGAAAGAAGCAAGAAAACUAUUGCAAAAUGUUCUGUUACGAAAACUUUACAAAUUUGUUGCUGAGAUUAAACCACCCAGUGUUGAAGAGUUUAAAAGCCAACUGGAUACAAAAAUCGCUGAACGCGGCCUUUCCUCAAAUGACAUUAUGUGUCAGUUCGUUGAGGUGGAUUAUACGCCCAACGUGUGGAAUACCGUUGCUUUCUAUAGCAAACACGAACCCGAUUUUGCAACAGUCCAAUUGAGAGUCUCGAAGUCGCAUUUAAAAGAACAUAUUUUUCGAGUGUUCUGUAAAAAUGAGCAACAUUUUGCAACUUUGAAGGAAAUAACACAAGAUCUGAAGCAGCAGUUGCCACGUUAACCUGAGGAGAAAGGCCCACAUUCGGAUAUAAAUUACAGGAUUAAUAUAGCGUAUAUACAACACACACACAUUAAAAAAACUAACUACUUGGUCAAAACAGAAUAUUUUCCUCGUGUGUUUUUCACACACAAAAUACUAGCGACAUGCAUGGAUAUAUGUUUUCCGAUUAUGGUGAAACAAGUAGAGAAGAAGCGUGGCGUUUAAGCUGUGUAAAACGUUACUUGUGUAUAUAAAAAAAAUACAUAUAAGACCAGUGACUUUUGUAUUACAUUAUUGUAAUAUAUAAAGUAUUCACUAUUGUAUGUGUGGCACACGGAACACUAUUUUAAACCGCACACAUGUUUAUGGAUAUAUGUUAUGUCUGCAUUAUCAAUGUUUGUGUGUUGCAAUAUCGAAGAAAUGUUUGUGUAUAUGUUGGUGAUUGAAAGUCUCAUGUAGUGUUAUUAAAGGUUGAAGUUGUA